AUGGACAUGGACCACCGCUAUUCAAAAUAUGUGGUCAAGUUUAUCAUCGUGUUGGGUCUCUAUUACCUCCGGAUGGGCAACAAUUUAUCUAUGCUAAUAGAAAGUACAUAUCCCAACAUAUCAGAACAUUAUGAUGAUCCUGACUACCUAAAAGCAAGGGCAAUUCUAACACCUACAAAUGAUAUGGUCGACUUAGUCAACGAUUACAUAGUCUCUAUGAUUGCUGGUGACACUAAAGAAUACAGGAGUUGUGAUACAAUUAUCAAAGGUCCAAUUGUGUUGAAGAAGGGUGUUCCAAUAAUGCUCCUUAGAAAUCUAAAUCAAUCUGAAGGACUAUGCAACGGCACAAGAUUAAUUAUUACUUCCUUGGGAGAUCUGAUAUUAGAGGCAAAAAUAAUAACGGGAAUUCAAACUGGAAAAACUGUUCUUAUCCCAAGGAUAUGUUUAUCAUUGAAGAAUUACAAGCUACCUUUUGUUUUGGAAAGAAGACAAUUUCCUAUUAAAGUAUGUUAUGCUAUGACAAUAAAUAAAAGCCAAGGUCAGACACUUUCGGAUGUGGGGAUAUAUCUUAAGAGACCCGUUUUCACUCAUGGCCAAUUAUAUGUUGCUAUAUCACGUGUCACAUCAAAGAAAGGAUUAAAAAUACUGAUUGAAGAUGACAAUGGCAAGGCAAACAAUGAAACAAAAAAUAUAGUGUACAAAGAAAUAUUUUCACGCUUUAGUAGCAUAAAUAUGUAA